AUGACCGUCAAGAUGACGGGGCAGGGGGGCCCCCUGGAGCUGCGCUCAGAGAACAUCAUCCAGGUGACACAACGCCUGGCGAUAUCAGUCAACGACUUCUACGCGGCCCAGGACCAGUUCGUGGCCAACCUUGCGUUUGUGCUGGGCAUUGAUGUGUCACGCAUCAAGAUCGUCAAGAUCGUCCCUGGCUCCACAAUCCUGGAUUACGUAAUCCGAGAGGACCCGGUGGUCGCAAAUGCACCCAUAGCAGAGCCGGUUUACGACACUUCAAAGAACGUCGACUCUGCCACAGCGGCCUAUUUGGCGGCACUGCCCACCGACCAGCAGCAGGCCUACAUGGCAUCGUAUGCAGCCGCCCCCGCCGCCAGCCCCACCGGAAGCAGCCCGAGCAGCGACGGCACCAACAGCAGCGCCCCGACCAGCAGCAGCACAGCCAACAGCAGUGCCGCCGCCGCCGCGGCGCCCCCGGCGGCCGCCGCGAGCGACGAGCUGGCACGCGUGUUUGCGGCGCUGCGCGACAGCGUCGCGAACGGGUCGAUGGCGGGCAAGCUCGGGAUACCCAUCUUGGACGUGAGCGUCAAGGUCGAGCUGACGCAGGCGCCGUCGGCGGAGGCGCAGGCCGCGGUCGGCCCCGGCAUCGACCUGACGGGCGGCGGCGGGGCCGGCGGCGCCGGCAGCGGCGGCGCGGCGGGCGGCGGCGCGUCGAGCGGCGUGCUCUCGCUGGACCAGCUGAUUGCGUCGUAUGCUCAGGCCCAAGCGGCCGCGGGAGGCGGCGGCGGCGGCGGCAGCGGGGCCGCGGGUGGCGGCGGCGGGGCGGCCGCGGGCGGAAACGGGGGCGCCGCGGCCCGUGCGGGUGCGAGCCACGGGCUGUCUGUCGUGCUCGGCGUCUGCGUGGCGAUCGGCGGCGCGGCGGGGCUGGCGCUGUUUGCGGCGCGCGUCGUGAGGUUGAGGAAGGCUGGGCGCGUGACGGCCGCGCCAGACGAGCCUCCGUCUGGCCGACAGGGAGACGCGCAGCGGGCGCUGGGCCGCAUGUCCAUCAGCCUGCGCAAGCUGGCCAGCCUUGGGGCCAGAAGCGGCACCCAGGCCGAACCCCAGGAGAAAGUCCGGCUGUACAUGUUUAUGUCUGGGAGCGGCGGCGGCGGCGGCAGCAGCGCGGCCGGCGGCCGCAGUGGCGGCGGCGACAGCGCUGGCGAUGAGCCCGGCGCCGCCGCGGCCCCGGGCGCGGCCGCCGAGGGACAGGUGCUGCAGGGUGCCGACACGAGCGAGGCAGGGGCCGGCGAGGCGGCGCAGAAUGAGGCGCUUGCGAAAGUUGUCGCUGAUGCUACAGCAGCGGCGGCAGGGGAGGAGGGGCCUGCACCACUCGACGACAGGGAGGGCAUCGCGGGGGGCGGCGGCGGCGCUGCAGGGGUGCGGACUCGCGCGGCCAGCAAGAAGCACCGCGGACGGCUGCCGCCGCUGCACCUGGGCAGUGGCGCCGUCGGCAGCGGCGGCGAUGGCGGCGAUGGCGGCGGCGCAGAGACUCAGGGCAGGAUCACCCGCAGCGCGGUGCGGCCAGCGGAGCUGCCACGCACUAGCUUGGGGCAAUCUCCUGAGUAG